AUGACCGACACGAUCGUCUUCCGCGCGGACUCUCCUAUUACAACCAUCACUCCAAUCCUACUCUGCUUGGAUAGUUCGGCCACUGAAGACCAGAUAUCUCGCAUAGUAUCGCCAUUCCUGCGAACAGGCAAAACAUCCCUUGUUUUCAAGGGACUUUUCGAGGAGCGCAACAUUCGACCCUUUUCUCUCGAGGAGCGGAUUCCACUGCAUGCCAUCUCCCGCGGCUGCACCUCCAUCGAUAUCGACUUUCGUCAAAAACAAGUCAGAAGUUUAAUGUACCGCUUCAUGAAGUGGAAUAUCGACUUCAUAACAAAUGCGACGAAUAUGCGCCAACUCACAGUCCGACUUCCUACCACUUGGCGAUACCACCUAUCUCCUGAAGACGUCCUUGCGCUAGCAAAGCUCCCGUUACUCCAGGAAUUGACGCUCGAAGGGUGUAUAUCUCCGUUUGAAGAUUUCGACAGUCUGGAUGGGUUUGUAGAACAGUUGGAGCGUGCUUUCAGCUCGAAAGCUGUCCCACUACGGGUGUGUCGAUUGCCGCGGAUUGCUUCUACGGCCCCUGGCGCAGACGAACCCGCACCUCAGCUCGGCUUUUGGGCCUUAACUGUGCUGGCCGAAUGUCUCUCUGAUACUGAAAUUAUACGGAUCUCCAUCGAUAGCGACUUCUCCACCCCACUCGAAGGCUUCCCUCUCACUUGUAUACCUUCCAAGUCAGCUACGCGCCGGUUGGAAGUGGAGGAUCUGAGAGGAAAGGUCAUGGAGGGGAGGAUGUAUCGGAAGCUCGCGAUUUAUCUGAAUCGACAGUUUCCGAAUUUGGAGGUGAUGGAGGUGUGUGGGGAGACCAGGGCGGAUGUGAAGGAGUCUUGGAUGGCAGUGGAGGAAAUUUGGAGGGACUACAAGCGCUGUGGGAUACUUCAGUAG